CCUGCUCGGGCAGGAAACCCUCUACCAUUUCAAACAAAUAAUUGUUCAGUCUCUUCUUAAACCUUAAUUAUUAAACCAAUAACAUUGGGGCAAGAAGGCCCCACUCUUAAGAAAGCUUUCUGUUUUCCCCAGUGAGUCGAAACACCGGUCUCUCCCAUUCCCGAGCGUGACAUUUUAAUAACCAGGAGAAAGGGAGCGAAUCCCUAUCGUGCCGUCCCGCCCCCGCGCGUCCGGCAGCAGCAGCACCAGCAACCAGCACCCGCUGCCGCCGUCUCUCGCCGACUGAUUGGCUCCCUCAGCUAUGCCUGUGAGGGGAAAUGCCCUUUCUCGACAGAAGGCCUUCGAAGCGACGUGCCUUGAAACUUGCCCUGGCAUAUGGAGGAGAAAAGGCGGGCCGCUGUUUCCUAGGCUACAGGGAGAAAGAGCGGCUCUGUCACGGGGCAGAAGGGUGGAGAGGAUGAGGAGAAAGCGAGAGAGAGAGAGAGAGAGAAGAAAGGAAGGGAGAGUGAGCGUAUGUCGCUCAAUUUCUUCGGCAGCGGCGAUUGGUGAAGACGAAUUCGUUCCGACCACGUGACGGAACGCCCAGCUUCUCUCCGGUUGGUCGUUCCCUCGGUUACGAGCAAUGUGGGGGCGGGAAGUUCUGCCUCCUGAUAGCGCCAGCAGCAGAGCAACCGCUGCCGCCGCGCUCGUUGUGGUCCCCGAAGGCGGCUCCGGCCAGCGGCGAGCAUCGCCUUCGGCCAGCGGCGGUUGACGCGCUCCCUCCUUUGAUUCCCUUCCGCGCCUUUUCCCUCCUGCUUUAAGCGAUGGCGGCGGCGGCGGCGGUAGAGACUGUGGCGACGGGGGCGGCGGCGGCCGCAGCCGGGUGACGCCCGAGGCGGCGGAUGAGCGGCGGCCGACAGCGUCUGGCGUGGGAAGAGGAUGCGGGAGUACAAGGUGGUGGUGCUGGGCUCGGGCGGGGUGGGGAAAUCGGCGCUCACCGUGCAGUUCGUGACCGGCACGUUCAUCGAGAAGUACGACCCCACCAUCGAAGACUUCUACCGCAAGGAGAUCGAGGUGGACGCCUCCCCGUCGGUGCUGGAGAUCCUCGACACAGCCGGCACCGAGCAGUUCGCCUCCAUGCGGGAUCUGUACAUCAAGAAUGGGCAGGGCUUCAUCCUGGUCUACAGCCUUGUCAACCAGCAGAGCUUCCAGGACAUCCGCCCCAUGCGCGACCAGAUCAUCCGCGUCAAGAGAUAUGAGAAGGUACCUGUAAUCUUGGUUGGAAAUAAAGUGGACUUGGAGAGCGAGAGAGAAGUUUCAUCCAGUGAAGGCAGAGCUCUGGCUGAAGAAUGGGGUUGUCCUUUUAUGGAGACAUCUGCUAAAAGCAAAACAAUGGUGGAUGAGCUCUUUGCAGAGAUUGUCAGACAAAUGAACUAUGCCUCUCAACCAGAUAAAGAUGACCCAUGCUGCUCUGCAUGUAAUAUACAAUAGCAUUCCAAGGAUGGAAUUGGACCUAAUUUGCUGUAUUUUGGGUAAGGUGACAGAAUAGACUAUUUCACUCUGUGAUUUAAAGUUGGUCAAAAAUUCAAAGUGGAGUAGCACUGAACCUCCAAGUGAAACAUAAAUAUUGAUCAAUUUAAUAAAAAAAAAUGAGAAGCUUUAUUUGCCUGCAGCACAUCUUCUGCAUGUUCUACUCUCUGGCCUAGCCAACAGAUUACAGGGUGAGCACAAUCUGUGCACAUUGGCUUGUCAGGUAACAGCUACUGCUUUAAAUUAAGAAAAGUUUUUGGUGAAAAGGAGAGCACCAGCAAAGACCUUUUGCACUCUGCUUAUUCUGUACUGAUAAGUAAAGAUUUUAACAAAAGGUAUCUACUUACUGAAUUUCAGGACUUUAUCACUUGUGGCCAAAUCAGUCAAAUAUGCUAAUUUUUAUUUUUGACGCAAGUGUUGAUAAAUUUAUUGGCAAACUAAUAUAGUUCUGUUAUUUUCUUUACAUUCAUUAUUUUCUGUGAUCCCAUAAUGCAAAAAGGAAAAUGCUCCAUCAGUACUUGAACGGAAAGAGAGAAGCUCUGAAAAAAAAUCAACAGCUUGUAAAGAGAACACUGAAACAUUAGGAUAUCCUAAAUAUUCUGCAUUGUUACUCAGAAAAUGGUGGAUUGCUUCAAUUGCUGUUCAGUCAAGAUACGAAACCAGCCCUUGCUUUGCAGAGCAGGAAAUGCAUUAAUCUCUGUACUGAUCCAGGAAGAAGCAACCAUGAUGGGGUUAAAAAGAAUUGUUUGGCCUUACUAAUGAGGAACAUUGCUAGCACAUUAACAAGUACCACCUUGUAAGGAAAAUGAAGCCAUGUUGUAUUCAGCCGUUCCUUUUUGCAGAAACCUCAUAGGGGCUGUACAAGCAUCCUAUAUUUUUUAGUUUAAGGAUACCAGUUUAUUUUUGCCUUUAAGGGCUGUAUCUUGGAUGUGAUAUACUAAUUGAGCUAUGGAAUUUAAUUUUGCCACUUUAUAUCUUUAAUGUUGGCGAUUCUGGUUAACUGUGUAGAAUUACUUUGUCUCAAGGUGAAUACAAAAUAUUUUAAUUCCAUGUGGGAAUGAGAAAAGGAUUUGUGUCUUCAAUUGCCUAACAUGCUAGUCAGGUGCUGCCAUUAAGUGAUCCUGUUGCCCUGGUUAUUGCUGUGACAAAUAGUGAGUGAAAGCAUUGUUUUAAAAUGGUGGCUCAGCCUCUAAUUUUAAUUUAAAUAGCAGUGAAAUACUUAAAAUUUGCAUGACUUAACAGCACCAAUUAUAUCUAUUAUGUCUUACAAUCCAGGAAGUUUCCAAUCAGAAAAUCUAAGAUUGAAAUGGUGGAAUGAUAAUGGACCUUGAUGGAUAAAAUUGGCCUUUACAAUACAAUAUCACUGAGCCUAUGGUCCACGGGUGUCAAACCCGAUCAUGUCAUGUGAUGUAUCGCAAUGUUUUUUUUUGCCUUUGCAGAGCUGGGGUGGGCUUGGCCUGCGCGUGACGCAUCCGACCUGCGGGCCGCCAGUUUGACACCUCUGCUUAUGGUCCAAAUACUAUCCUGAAAGAUUGGUUUCUCAAUCUUGUGAAGUAGUUCUGUAAUUUCUUGUGUGGAUGAGUGGAAAGGAACGUAUGUUCUAUGUAUGGGUAUGAGUGUGUUGGUGAGUGCAACUUUUUACAAAUGCUGUAAUGAACUUGAGUUCUGAGAUUUUGCCUUGAUCAGCAGAAAAACAAACUGCAAUCUAAAGGGUAUCAAAAGCAAAUGAAUUUUUAAAAGCCUUUUUAAAAAAACACUUGGCCACUUUAUACCUUACACAGUAGAACACAUUUAACUUAGAUUAGAUCAAUUUCUAACAAUAAUGAUGGAUGAUUAUUGGCUACACUUUCCUUUGUUCUUGAAUUAUUUUUCCCCUCAUAAUCAAGAAAGCAAACAGUUGUCAUUUAAACAUGAGGUUCUGUAUUAGAAACGUAAUUCCUUGCCGAACCUCUUUCUCAGCUUUAAGAAUUACUGAACUUUAAUGCAUUUUAUAUGGGCAACUUCCACGUAUUAAGGUAAAAAUUAUGAAUUAUAAUCUUUAAAUUCUUUUAGAAGAAAUAUUAUGCAGCAGUAUGUCAGAAAAUAAUUUCAUUGAUCAAAGAAAAGUGGAAUAAGCAGGUAUAGAAGAACGUUGAGUGCAUCUUAUACUGAUUGAUUCCAAAAAUAAGUCCUGUACUACAUGUCAGAUUAUUUGAUGUAAAAAAAAAAAAAUGAGGAGCAUAAAUGGCAUUUCUUUAUUUUUGUCAAGGCAUUAUUUUAAUAGGAAGCUUUUUAAAAAAAAACCCACACAAGUACUUUGUAGUGCAUAAUCUUCACUUACAGACUAAACAAUAUACUUUCAUACAAAAGUAGGUGAUAUACUAAUUCCAAGAAACAAUUUAUAUGCAAUUUAGAUUCUGUCACUGUGUAGUACAGUAUAUUUGACCAAAAUGAUAUAAAUCAGCAAGAGGUGAUCUCUAAGGCUAUCAGUUAUGUGGAUUCCUUCUCUCCCGUGUCAUGUGUGUAGACUCACAGAGUUAGUGGCAGCUAAAAGGGAUUCCUAGUGCCAAUGGAAGAGUGAACCUUUGUCAGUCCUUACCCUUCCUAAUUUAUAACAGUGGGCAACUUUGUCAUUUUCUGGCCAUCACUGUGUUUGUAAAGAUGAUCUUGCCAUUGGCUAUCUUUCCCAGAACAUAGAUUUUAAAAACUAGAUUAAAACAGGCAUAUUAAUCUGGGCUACAAGGUUACUCUGACUCUAUAUGUGCCACUAUUCAAACAUACCAACAGUAGCCUCUAUAUGUAUUGGUGACAUUUUCCCAUUUAUCUGGUCAGCAAUAUUACACACCUUGGGACUGCUGGUUGAGAAGCACUAGCUGUCUUGCAUCCUAAGCAGAUCCAAUAGUAGUAAUUUGGGAAGGAGGAUUUAACAUGCCUUAAAAUAUUAUUAGUUCAUCCAAAGACCCAAUAUUCUUUGCUUAGAGCUUUGUAUUUUUCUGCAGCGGUGAGUUUCUCUUUUCCUUUGAAACUGGUUAAACAACUGUCAACAUCUGUUCAGAAUGUUUUUUUAAGAUGAUUCAGCACACAUGCAAAUAUCGAUAGCAAUUUCUGAGGAAUUCUUCAUCUGGUAGUACCAACAAUAAAUACUGUAUAUCCCUUUAUUUAAAAAUUGGCAUUAUUUUUUUGUCAGCAAACAUGCUAGUAUUUUCUAUGUCAUACAUGCCACCUAAAGGUUUAGGGUGAGGUGACACAUGGUCUUCAAUAUAACUGAAAUAAUUCCACAAUAAAGCAAAUUUGGCAACGUCAGGAUUUUAUUGUGAAUUUUUCCUUUAUGAGUUUUUGAUCAGGUUUUAAAAAGGGAUUGCAGUGUGUUUUUGCAAAUUUAACAAUUUGUGAUUUCUAGAAUUGAAUAAACAUCUUUAAUGAUUGUGGACCUCUGUUACAACUGAUAAAUGAAAAAAAACAUUACAUUUUAUAAGUUAUCAGUUGUUUAAAUCAAACUAUUUCAAAAUAAAACAAAUUGUACAUAGAACUCAAUGCAAACUCAGCAGUUGUAUCUGGAGUUAAAUUAUUUUAACAAAUAAAUUUAUUUAAUGAAAUGUC